AUGCAUUUUACGAAGCCUGGUUCCAAACCGGUCUCUUUGGACGAAUCGACGCACGAAGGCCCUGAAAAACAACCCCGCGUGAAGACUAGUGAACUCGGUUUCCAUGCGCCUGACUAUGUCCUCGACGACAUAAUCUCCGUCUCAGAUCCCAAACUACUCUACUCGAAUACCCAUGCCCAGCGUGACCGGCGACUUCGCCUUCUGAUUCGGCGCUACACGAACCAGAUCCAGUACGGAUGCCGCAAUAUCAACUGUGCCACCCCCACCUGCCUGAGCUAUCGGAGGAGGAACAGCACGGCCCCCUUGAGAAAAUAUACCGAGCUGAGUGCAAGGACUCUGGCAUGCCAGUUGGUAGACGAAUACAAUCGAAAUGGCAAGGAACCCUUCACUGGACUCUGCCACAACGAACCCGUGGUGCCCUGGUAUGAGGAACCGGCCCUCAUCAAGAAAAGGAGGAACAGUCACGAGAAGGUCGGGCACCUGCGACAGGAAAAUGGACAUAUUUCAAAGCCGUCGGGCCUUGUACAGCGCACUAAGGACUCGUCCAAACCCAUGCCGACAACAGAGCAUGCGCCGCGAAGAAUAAGCCAAGAAGGUGUGGUUCAGGCUGCGCGACGCCUCCGAGAACUCGAAUCAGCAGAUGAGGCGGCGGAUGUCUUGAACCGUACUAUUCCCCGAAGCAACGUGGAGAAAGAACAAGUCGGUGAACAGGAGGCAAACGGUAUAUUAGAGCAGCCCGCCACGGCCCCGGCAAGUCAGAAAGAUCUCGCUUCUUUCACGCAAACACUAUUUGAUUUGGUGCCGCUUCGGCUCCUCAACUGGUUGCCAGCGAAAAGCGAUGGUGACACGACCAAAGUUUCAAGACUAGCCAGACCGUCUAGCGAUCAGGAACAAGGUUCUGUCGAGGGCACGCCAGAAGACCACCUCACGUCUGUGGAAAACACUAAGACCUUAUCGGAAGCAGAGACAGACGAGCAAGAAUGCGCGUCAACGAGGCCACUUCAUCAACAAGCUUACACCCUUCGAACAUUUACUUGGUUCACCCUGCCCUGGUUGAGCUGUGUGGGCCCAGACGAGAAGGGCUAUCAACAGAAGUUCGUUCCCUUCAUAAAACAAAGCCUUGCCUUUUGUCUCAGUGAUCCUGUGCGGCUUAUGAACACGGUCAUGAAUCUUCAAGCUAGCUAUUGGCAUGGGGUGAAAAGUCUCCUAGAGCAGAAUGAAGCGGGUUCGGAAGACAGACUUGAUGCCAGGUCGGGAAAUGGGUCUGUAAGCCUGUGGCCGGUCAUUUAUACAAGCACAAGAGAUGAUGUGCAAGCGCUCUUGUUCAGCUUUGCUUAUAUGCAGAAAUUUGAGCAACGUGAUCUGGUCAUGAACAGCAUUUUGAAAGCACUACAGCACGCAUACUACCUGCCACCGUGGUUCCUGAGCAGACGGCCAGGAAGAAAUAUUCGAUCGAGCAGUGGAAAUUGCGAGUUAUCAUUGUUGAAGAGACGCCAAUCUUCGGACCGCAACAGCUCGAUCAAUUUACCCCCGGAUCCUGCGGAGCUUGAUGUACUCUCAGAGGCCAACGAGCCCUUGAUUCCACUCGAUGAUUCUCAGAUCACUGACCUAUGCUUUGUGGCGCUCUUAUCCCUGACAACCACCAUCUUUCAUCCCCCCACCGCAUCAGUUUUCAAGAGAAAGGAUCAAUUUGUCCGUUUUGCGAGGGAGAGAAACAGCGGAUUUGCGCAUUCGUCCUGGCAAAUCUCCAAAGAUCAAGAUCCAUCGCUCAUACGCGAGAUUAUCGAAGUCAUCGACAUUACCGAAGAUUGGGCCGUUCAUCGGUUGCUCACGUCUCUGAUGAAUGUCGUCAGCCACCGGUUGACCGUGGCCAAGUGGGCGGCCACCCUCAAGAGCUCAGGCAUGUCGAAGCUGAAUAAGAACACCAUCGUUGAAUCACUCAUUGAUCGCUUCGAUCGAGACUACCUCUAUGGAUGGAGCCGAUUUGAUCAAAACUCCAGCUGGAUCGGCUUUGCUGCUCUCGAGCUUGGGCGGACGAUCAUGCUCAGGGAUUGGAAUCGUUCUCCAGUCAUUCAGCGUGCGAGCCCGGUGGGCGGCGCCUUGGAACUUUUGGCUGGAUUGUACCGGGCACGACAUCAACUGAAUAUGGAUGCAGAGUGGUUUCACAUGCCAUUCAUCGCCGCAACUUUCGACGAGAUGUCCAUGCCAUCAGAAUGGUUGUCCUUUCGCCCUGACUCACGACAAAUACACCUGCUGUCUUUCUCAUUUCUCUUUCAACCACACGUUCUGGUCAAGUAUUUCAGGGCAAUAAAUAUUGCGAUCAUGAAGAAGUCGCACGAGGACGCCACCAUUGUAUACAACGAUAUCAGGCAGUACAUGUGGGCACCUGCUAUCCCGAUCUACUCGGCCAAGGAGGUCCUGGCUCAUCUGCGGCCUCACAUGGCCAGAUUCUUCGUGCUCACAAUCCGCAGACAUGACAUCUUGAACGAUGCAAUCGAUCAAAUAUGGCAACGUCAACGCCGAGAGUUGAUGCGCCCUUUGCGCGUCCGACUCGGCAAGGACGAAGGAGAAGAUGGUCUCGAUCAUGGUGGAGUUCAGCAGGAAUUCUUCAGAAUUGUUUUCGGGGACGCACUCAAACCAGACUAUUCCAUGUUUACGGUUGACAGUACGACAAGGAUGACGUGGUUCCAGCCAGGUUCCUUUGAACCACUCUACAGGUUUGAGGCUCUGGGGAUUCUGAUGUCAAUGGCUAUCUAUAACGGGAUCACUCUACCGCUCACCAUGCCCUUGGCAUUUUACCGCAAGCUUCUGGGACUCAAGGUGAAGAAGCUCGACCAUAUCGCCGACGGCUGGCCUGAUUUGACGAAGGGGUUGAAAGCGCUCUUGGAGUGGUCUGAUGGGGACGUUGGGGAGGUGAUCGCCAGAACCUAUGAAUUCAGCUACGAGCUCUGUGGAACCACUGUCUCGGUGGAUAUGCAGAAAGUUGGCCGCCAUGAUCCUUGGCCACCAACAAAGCCGCGGACGAGCAAAAAAGGCAAAGAGAAGGCCAAAUCCACCACUUUUGAGUUGCCGCUGGAGCCAGCAUUGACUCCGCCUCCUCAGCCGUCACCAAACCUGAGUCCCAAUAUCCCGAACGGCUCGAUCUUAAGUCGUACAUCCUCCAUCGAAAUCAAAGGCAUAUCGACUCCUGUCAGCAUCGAUAGUGACAUGCUGGAGAACUCUGGCCAGGAAGCUUCGUUGGUCACCAACGCCAAUCGGGAACAAUAUGUCAAAGACUACAUCCUGUGGCUCACGCAUAAAUCCAUCGAACCACAAUAUGAGGCCUUUGCCAGGGGAUUCUACACCUGCCUCGACCGUACGGCAUUGUCUAUCUUCAAUCCUGAAUCCUUGAAAGCCUUGGUUGAGGGAUACCACGAGAUCGACAUCGAUGAGCUCCAAAAGACCGCCACCUACGACGAUUAUAAACCCGACUCGGCCACAAUCGAGGAUUUCUGGCACAUCGUUCGCAGCAUGAGCACCCAACAGCACCGGCAGCUCUUGGAGUUCGUCACCGCGAGUGACCGAGUCCCGGUCAAUGGGAUGCAAAGCGUGACGUUCAUUAUCCAGAAAAACGGCGAGGAGGACGAGAGGCUGCCGAGCAGCAGUACGUGCUACGGCCGGUUGUUGCUGCCGAAGUACUCGAGCCGGACGGUCAUGAAAGAGAAAUUGACCAAGGCAAUUGAGAACUGUGUCGGGUUCGGGACGUUGUGA